CCUGCGCAUGCGCGUCCCGACCCGUGGCUGUUUGGCCGUUUCCAUGGCUACGAAGCCCAUUGGCGUGGGAUGUGAGAGUGAGAAAAUGAAGCUCAAGAGCCUCUUGCUCCGAUAUUACCCGCCAGUCAUUGGUGUGCCAUAUUAGAUGCAAAUUUCCAAGAUACUGCUGAAUAGUAGGAAUUAUGCUGGAAUAUGAAAAAAGUGGAGAAUUAAAGACCAAAUCCAUAGAUUUGCUUGAGCUCAGUCCUAGUACUGAUGUCGGGGCGUUAGUGGAAGAGAUCCAGAAAGCAGAGCCUCUAAUCACAGCCUCGCGAACAGAGCAAGUGAAGCUUCUAGUGGAGAGACUGCAGGAGAAGCUUGGCCAGCACAGCAACCACACCUUCUACCUGUUCAAGGUUCUCAGAGCACAUAUAUUGCCGUUGACUAAUGUUGCCCUUAACAAAUCAGGCUCAUGCUUUAUCACAGGAAGCUAUGACCGGACAUGCAAGCUGUGGGACACCACGUCCGGAGAGGAGCUGUACACCCUGGAGGGUCACAAGAACGUGGUUUAUGCCAUAGCCUUCAACAAUCCUUACGGUGACAAAAUUGCCACUGGGUCCUUUGACAAGACUUGUAAAUUAUGGAGUGCAGAGACAGGAAAAUGUUACUAUACCUUCAGGGGCCACACAGCAGAAAUAGUGUGUUUAUCAUUUAACCCUCAAAGCACAGUGGUGGCUACUGGAAGUAUGGAUACAACGGCCAAAUUGUGGGACAUUCAGAAUGGAGAGGAAGUGUUCACUCUAACAGGUCAUUUGGCAGAAAUCAUUUCCUUGUCAUUUGAUACCUCGGGAAACAGAAUCAUCACAGGGUCCUUUGAUCACACAGUUGCAGUGUGGGAUGCUGGUACUGGGAGGAAGGUAUAUACCUUAAUUGGCCACCGUGCUGAGAUCAGCAGUGCCUUGUUCAAUUGGGAUUGUUCUCUAAUCUUGACAGGAUCCAUGGACAAGACCUGCAUGUUGUGGGACGCUACAAAUGGAAAAUGUGUGGCAACCUUGAUGGGCCAUGAUGAUGAAAUACUAGACAGCUGCUUUGAUUAUACAGGAAAGCUUAUUGCAACUGCUUCAGCUGAUGGAACAGCAAGAGUUUACUGUGCAUCUACAAGAAAAUGCAUCACUAAAUUGGAAGGCCAUGAAGGCGAAAUUUCAAAGAUUUCUUUCAACCCCCAAGGGAACCGUCUUCUGACUGGCAGCUCUGACAAGACAGCUAGGAUCUGGGAUGCUCAGACUGGGCAGUGCCUCCAGGUUCUCGAGGGGCACACUGAUGAAAUCUUUUCAUGUGCUUUCAACUAUAAAGGCAACAUAGUCAUUACAGGUAGCAAGGAUAAUACCUGCAGGAUAUGGUGUUGACUGA